GAUUCGUGUUUUGGCUUCUCGUCGGAACGUCAAUUCUGCAAUUUUGAUACAGGAAUUUCUUCCAGUGAUCACGAACAAUUCCAAUUGUUUUUCGGCGAAAACUUGCCGUUAGUGAAUAUUCUUCCCUUAAAAAUCUUGCUGCAAGGUCUUAAUCAAGAUCAGGUGACAUGAAUUCAAGUGAUAAAGGACUGCAUGGGUUUUAUCGGAGGGAUUAGGAAGUCCCGCAGAUUUUAAUCAAUUUCAUCCACUAUUCGGUGAACAGUCGAAUCAUUUACAUGUCACACCCGAACCCUGCCUUUCAACUAGAUGGACCUCAGAAAUUUAUUUGAUCUCUGAAAGUGGAUUCACAAUGAACUAAGACGGACUGAAGAAGAAUGCUCUUGUGCACUAUUCAAGUAAUGUUUUAUCAUUGGUUCCCGAUGAUAACUUGGGAGUUUCAUACUACCAUUUAGUCGGUGUAAUUUUAGUGCGGCCAUGAUAAAGGAGAAACAAAGAGAAAGUAAUGAAAAGAAAAAUGUUGGUGGCAACAGCUCAGGCAGUAGCAAUGAUGCAAUCAAGACAGAGCCUUCAGAAAGAGAUUCUGAAAUCAAGACGGAAGCAGAUGAGCCAUCCGAAAAAAGCAAUACUGACUCGCCAAAUAACCCCCAGCAGUCUGAUAUUUGUCUACCAGAACCUAAAAAUGAAGAGCUUGCAAUCUUAGAUAAUCCUCUGCCUCCUUGCAAACAGCCAAAAUUAGAAGAUGUUGGCCCAGUUCCAACAGAUUUUAAUUCAGAACCGUGUGAUAAUAUUUUACCUAUGGGAAUGACUUUGCCAGGCCCAGCAGACUCAGUCAUUGAUGGCGUUCAGCCGUUGCCAAGUAAUGUCAUCAAUAAACAGCCGGGCACCAUAGAGGCACAAUAUAUGCAACAGCAGAGUCAGCUCUUCGUUUUUUCCACUGCCCUAGCAAAUAAAGCAGCUGAAGCUGUGCUGAAAGGAGACUAUCCCUCAGUCAUAGCAUUCCAUUGCUCACAACCAAAAACCAAAAAAUACCUGGAGAAACAUCCUUUGAAGUUGAAUCAAUUCAACCGACAAAAUUCGGCAUUAUGGUUGAACAAUUUGGCUCAAAUGAAACAGAAAGGUGGGAUGAGAGUAGGAGGCAUGGGUCGAGGUGGCUUCAAAAAUAUGAUGCCUGAUAAUCAAGGGCCUGGAAAUAUGCCCAUGUGGAAUCAGGGCCCUAAUCCCGGAGGUGACAAUCCACCAGGAAACAUGAUGAUGAACAACAUGGGGCCCUGCAUGAAUAACAUGGGUCCAGGUGGUCCUCCUCAUAUGAAAGGUCCUAUGCCUCCUAAUGUAGAUAAUUCCAUGCGAAUGAUGCCUGGUAUGAAUCUUGGUUCUAAUCCAAUGAUGCAACAGUCCAACAUGAUGCCUUCCAUUUCUGAUUUUGAGGACCCAUUAAGUUAUGGCCCUCAACACUCUUUAGCAGGUGUAAAAGUUCCUGAUGAAAAGCUCACUCCUGAGCAAAGACAACACAGGGUAGAACAGAUGGCAAAAUUAAAAAAGAUGCAGGAAAUUUUUUUCCCAGAAAACCAGCAGGGUCCAGGAGGGCCGUGCCUCGAAGGCAUGAUGCAAGGACCUGGUGGACCAAUGGGAGGUCCACAAUAUCCUGGACCAGGGCCCGAUGAUCUAAUGAAUCUUCCAUGCGACUCUGGAGACAUGAUGCUCAAAGGUGGAAUGCCGAUGGGUGUUCCUGGGGGACCAGGCGGGCCAGGAGGACCUGGUCCCAUGCCUGGACCAGGUGGUGGCAUGGGGCAUGGCCCAGGUCCAGGUCCAAUGCCUGGACCUGGACCAGCUAUGGGUCCUGGUGGUAACAUGAUGGGUCCUGGUGGAGGAGGCCCUCCGAUGGAUUGGCCUAAGUUACAACAUCAAUUCUUUGAUGACAGAAAAAAGAAAGGAGGAGGACCAGGGGGGCCUGGCUCCCAACCACUUGUUGGCCAUGGGCCUAUUCCCGGUCCAAUGGACCCUAAUAUCCCAGGAGGCAUGAUGCGGAGUGGUGGCAGCGUCAGGGCGCAAGCUCCUCCUCCUCCUUAUCAUCAAACGACGAGGUCAGCUAGUGUUCCGAUAAAUGUGGCAAGUCCAAAUCCUAGUUCUCCUAAUAAUAACACGUCGAAUUUAUCUUUACCGUCCCCUAGAACUUGUUCGGGUAUGAAUUCUCCAGCAGGUUGUAGCUCAAGAUUAUCCGCUCAAGGACCAAGUCCAACCAGUGCCCAUAACAAUGUAGACUCACCUGGGCCUAACCGCUCUCUCAACUCAAGUAAUCCUCCCACCCCUGUGUCUCAUUUCUCACCUAACAACAAGCAACGAGAACCCAAAGCCUCGGAAUCAACAUCACCCACGAGUCAGCAAUCACCAGUGGACAGUAUGUUUUGUCGAUCUCUUCCUCAACAAAAAUCUCAGAGUAUUUGCUCAACGCAGAAUGCAGGUGCAAAGGAACCUAAUUUAAUGCCAGUGCCUUCUCCUCAGCAUAUUCAGUACUUAAAUACCUUUGAAGGACAAGAACUUACAAUACAAAAACAACCAAAUAUUAGUCUGAAAGAUCCGAACAUGUCUCCAACGAUGUCGAGUAAUUUGGACGGAAGUCUACCAAACAUACCAACAUCAGUGUCGAUACCGGAUAUCGCAACUUCAAAAAUGAGUGGAGGAAUGGCGACAUCGAUGGAUAUGAACCCUGGCCGAUUUCCCGGACAACCAGGUGAACUACCUCCAGUUCUUAGCCCCGGUGGUCCUAACGACAAACAAAGAAUGUUACAAGGUCCAGGCAUACCCAAAAAUGAUUCUAGGUUUCCCUGUAACAGUCCACUAGACAACCGAUUCCCCCCUCAGCCUGGGAAAGUUCCUACGGAUAAUAUGCCGUUAAAUCCUGUGACUGGAGGCGGGAAAUCCCACUUUGACCCAAUAUCAUCGCUAGCUCAAAUGAACCAGCAACUAGCCAACAACGUCUCCGGAUCGCCAGUCAAUAGUUCAGGUAUGAUGCCAUUCCCAGGUCCCGGAAUGGGAGACAUGGGAGGUAUGGGUAUGGGUGGGCCGGGGCAGCCGUCUCCAAUGAUGUCUGAGGGUCCAAGGAUGGGUUUCUCACCCGGCGGAGUGGGAAUGGGCAACGGCAUGAGAAUGGUUCAAUCUCCUAAUCCCAACAGUCCGGUGUCCCCGAAACCUGGGAUGGUACAAGGUGGACCGAGAAUGAUGAACCGAGUUCCUGGGCCGAACAACUUUAAUGGAGCAAAUAUUCAAGUGAAGCCAAACGCACCAAAUACGAUUCAGUAUUUGCCUACGAGACCUCAAGGUACUCAAGGACCUCCAAGAGGCCCGCCAAACUUAGAAUUUUUGCCAAGGUAUUCAAACCCUCUGUCCAAUUUAGAAGCUAAAGUACCUACUCAUAAUCUACAAUAUUUCCCGAAUAAUUUCCAAAAUAAUGUAAACAUUGUACAUAUGAACGAAAUGAUGAACUGUGGACCACCAGGUCCUGGUAAUAUGAUGAUGCGUGGGAAUAGUGGCGGUUUGGGUCCCGGAGCUGGUCCAGGUCCUGGUCCUGGCCCGGGACCUGGACCCGGCCCUGGUCCUCUCAUCAGAGGUAAUAUGAUACGAAUGGGAUUCCCGAAUGACCAAAUGUAUCCAGGACCAGGAGGACUUGGUGGUCCUGGUGGUCCUGGAGGUCCUAAUUCGGGGCCAGGUCCUGGGCCUGGUCCGAUGAUGAUGCCAGGCAUGAAAAUGGGCAUGGCGCCCGAUGCUAGUCAGCCUCUUCCUCCAUCCAUGGGACAAUCUAACAAUUUCAAGAGCUCCUCAUUCAUCGGCCCGACAACAGCUGAUCCUAAUUACGCCCAACAGUUCCACAAUUUCCAACAACAGUUAUACGCAACUAAUACCAAUCGCAACCAAGGCGGACCUGGCAAUCAACAAUUUUUCAUGCACAAGUAACCAAUUAUUGGGUAAUGUGUAGUGCAUGAUUUUUGUCCUUUUUUUACUGGAAGAGUCUCAUGCUUGGACAUGCUAAGUUUCAUUUUUGUGAUUUGGAGAAAAGCGGGUUCCAAAUAUUAAAGAAUUACCUCGAGUCUCAUGGCCAGAAAAAAUGUUAUAAUGAUGUCGUGAGAUGAAAAAGAUGUAUACCUGCAAUACUCUUGAGAUUUGCUUCACUGGAAAUAAUCAGUAUCUCAAUUUUUCAAAAACGUUCUUUGUCAUGUCCAUGUAGUGUGGACUCUUUAUUUGUGAACACGUAUCAAAGAAUUGACUCCCCUUCUCCACUGUAUUUUUAAAACUUGCUCAGUCUUAUCACUUCUGGAACAUGUCACAUUAGAUCGACAAUUAGAAGGAUUCAUGCAUAAUUUUUCCAAAAUUAGUGGAAAAGUACCUGUAUUCAGCUCUCUAAGUGUCAUCCGUUGAGCCGAAAUUGUUUCUUGGCUCGGAAAUAAAAUCUUAUCACCAACCUCUUAUUUUUUUACAGAGCAUUUCAAUUAAAUUUUUUUCAGUCCUCAGUUUCUAAUAUUUCAGAAACAGAUCUUGAGGAAGUGUCACAAAUUUUCAAGGAAAAAGUAAAAGUAUUGAAAUGCAUAAGAAUGAAAGGAACAAAACCGGCACAUUAUGAGGUUAAGUACAAUGCAGUCCCAAACUUUUCCAUGAACAUAUGUGAAAUUUUCCAUUCGGGACAAACAGGUCAAAGAAAAUAAAAGUAAGGAACAAAUUACUUAUUUUUAUUUCUUCAAGACAUCAUGAAAAGAUGCAUUACUCCUUACAACACUGUUUCUAGCCCCAUUAGUAGUAAUGCAACAUCACAAAACCAAGAAUUUAAAUUAAAAGAUGAAGAGUCUUAGGGAGAUGCAGACUUUUCAUGUAGUGAGAGAAUACUGUAAGGUAGGCUGUAAAAACCGCAUGAAUUAUUUUCAGUCACUCACUAAUGCAAAUUGCAAUGCACUAUCACUACUAUCUUUGGUCUCAGCAAUGGAGAAGCUUCCGCCUGAGUAGGGAACUUCUUUAUUGCGAGGAUUGCUGUUCAGUGACCUGUGACUCAUGAGGAUCAGGAAAUUUGAGAUUUAUAUUGUCAUAGGUAAAAAUCAGAGGUUUCGCCACUGGGGUUCAACAAAAUUGGUCUCGCCGAAUUGUUACGAUUGGUUUUUUCAUCCCAUCUGUAGUCAAAUCAGAAGUUUUCCUAGUUUGCAUCUCUUCUUACACUACAGGCACUUGGAGGCCGGUCUUUUCAGUUAUGAUGUAUCAGUUACAUCUUUAAUAGCGAUUUUAAUUUUUAAAUUAAUUAGAAACGUUCCACCAGCUGUGUAAAAAUACCGCAGUUUUGGCCAAGUCAUUAUAUUAUUUUCAAAGAAGAAAUAGAUAGUUUACUCAGCGGAAGUGUUUACAUUUAAACAGUUAUGGAUACCAAUACAAAAUGAUGCAAUGAAACAUUCUCGGUUCCAGAACCAUUUUAGGCCAUUUUUAUGAAUCUGUGCCGCAGAUCUCAUGACCCUCCAGCUCCGUUUUUUGGUAUGUCUAUAAACGGCUGUUACCUCUAGUUUUUGUCCAUGCUUUGUCACUUAUGCAAGUAGUUGUUCAAAUGAAUCAUGACUUUUUAUUCACAUGGAAUUUUUAUCUUUGUAAUUUUGUAAGUUAUCAGUUUGUAUAUAAAGAGCUUAUAUCGCUUGUACACUAAUUCACAAUUGUAUCUUUUGAACUGAACAUUUAUUAUAGCUGCCGGCUUGCCUGUUUUCCCCUUUCUUUUCUUUUAUUCAACAUAUUCUGUUUCUCUCCCGUUUAAAAUUGUUUUGUGCCAUCAAUCUUGCCAGUUUGUUUUCUUGGGAACAUCUCUGCGUUUCCAAUCCUUUUUCACUAACAUGAAGCUCCUUAUCCCUUCUUUUCUCCUUUUCUUAUACAAUUGCUAUUACUAGUGUAUUUUCUUCGGAAAGUACACUAUAAAGAAUGUUUUUCUGCCACCUUUUGUGGCAUAAUCACAGUUACUUAAGAAAAGAUGUCUUUGUCGGAAAUUGUAUUUUUUUUUCUUCUUAAAUUCUUAUUCUGAAUUUGUAAUUUCAAUUUUAUUUCUCUCUUUCUAGUAGAUCAAUUGAUGAGUCCUAGAAUUUUUUCUAAAUGGUUCAAAUAAAAACAAUGACACUGGGCCCAUGGUUUUAAGCUCUGGGCUGCAAAUCGAUAAAAAAUAGAAGCUCUUUGAGGACCGCAAUAGAACAUAUUAUCCUUUGGGUUAGUGUACUUUGUGGUUCAAUGUUCUAUUUACUUUAUCCUCAUCAUGAAUGCUUGUAUAGUAGUAUUUGUAAACGUGAGCAUUAAUAAUGAUGGGAGAAACAAAAUGGGAGUUGUCAUACCACGCACUGUUGCAAUGCACAAACUUUCAGUGUAAGGUUUUUUAAAUUUAAUUGUGCCAACUAUUCACCGAAUAAAUUUUAAGAUGAAGACUUCUUAAAGAGUCAGAACAUGUGAAUAGGAAAUAGAACCAUUAUUUAGACCAGUGUUAUUAUUUUCUAACCUUUAAAUAUCAACUACGCAGAGAAAAUUCUGUAACUUAUUCAACUUGACAUUAUUGGCCGAUCAUGGAGUCUUUAAAUAAUUUCUCUUAUUAAAACAAACUCUGAAGCUUAAGCCUCUAGCUCCGAAAUUUUUAACCUAAUGAGAAUGUGACAACCAAUUGAAAUCUUUACUUAAUGAAAUAUGAAUAAUUUGAUGCUAUCGUCUUUUUAGACAGCUCUCUUAUAUUUCGGUUUCAGUGUUUAUUCUUUGCUUUUCCAUUUAUGUUUCUUUUUCCUGUAUUUUUCUUUUCCUGACUGUGAUAUUAUUUUAUGCUGAAAAAAAGGUGUUAAAAAGUAGCAUAAAAUGACAAAAUGAUUAUUUUAAAUAUUCUUGAUUACGACGUAGUUGUGAUCAACAUGAUUGAAGCUAAGAUCAUCUGUGCACCCAUGUACCUACUUCAUCAUUUUGUCUGAAUUUUCUUGUAGACUGAUUAAUACUACAUUAAUAUUUUCUUUUUUUUUUCUCGUUUAGUGUUAAUGGCAGCUUUUGCAGCUAAAUAAUUGAUAGUGUCAAGGUAUUAAAGUUUAACGGUGUGUAUUAGAGAGGAAAAACCAAUCUAUUCUGCAAAUGAGCGAUGUUAGUUUGAUGCAUAACUCCGUGAAUUCUGCAGUUAGUUUCGUUUGAAUGAGGAAAGACUCAUUUAUUCAGUUUUUAAAAUCAACAUGUUAUCAAUUUUAUAAGGUGGAAACAAUUGUAUAGCAACUAAUGCAACCAGUUUUUUCUCUCUUUUGUAAGACACCAGUCCAGACUUGAAUGGACUAUGGGAAACGGGCUCAAGCUUUAUUUCUCGCGCAUAUAAUAUCAUUUUCUGAGGAAUUGUCGCAUUAGAGGUACAACGAAAGGGUGAAGUAGGUUUUUGUUCUUACUUUAAAGGACUGUGCUCAUGAAUUGUUUCUUUUCUAACUGUAGGCACUGGACAAGAAUUAAUAUUCUCAUUAUCUUGUCUAAUGCCAAGGAAAAACACAGGUAUCUUCUAUGAGGUACAUUAAAAUAUGUCAGAAAAAUUAAAAAUUAAGUUUUAGGUAACUUACUUUUUCAAAUGUUUUCAGUGAAAAAAGAUUGUGUGCACCUACAGUUGUUAAGUAUGUCUCUUAGAAAAAUUUUCUCUGUCAAGUUGGCAAAUCUUUUGCACAAUUGGAGCAUUGUUUUAAUUAUUCUUUACUUUUUUUUCUUAGCGACUCGAAUUGUAGAAAAGUCAGGUAUUCAAUUAAGAGUAAAAUGUAAGUAAAUACAACGUGCGAUAUCAACUUCAGGACAGAAGAGCAGAACAGCCCAAACUCACUGAUGGUUAGUCGGAGAAAAUCCUAUAAUCAGAAGUUUCAGUGUACGAUUCACAUACUUGAACCUUAAAAUAAAAUACUUUCUAAAAAAUUGAAUUUCCAUCAAUUCAAGGAACUUCCUACACAAUUUUUUAAUUUUGAACUUCAAUUUGUUUCAUAAGAUUGCAAGCAGAUUAGAAUUCCACGGUCAAGUUGAUUUAAAAUUUAUGCUGAAAAUUCUAGAGAGUUAAAAAUGAUAAACAUGCAUUGAAAAUCUUUAAAAGAAGAUUUAUCUUUCUAAACUAAAAAUUAUUGUGCAUACAUUGCCGUUCUGCGGAAUUCCCAUCAACCUCUGAGCAGAAGAGUGAGCCAAUCCGUAUUCUCUCUAUAUACUGGUCGUAGGUCACCACAAAAGCCAAUCUUUCGAUCUUCAGCUUGUUUUGUCUGUUGCUCAAAUUCUGUAUACAUUGACUGCGAGAACUGCACUGAAACACUGAUGUACAAGUCUCAUCCACUGACAUGUUGUGUUUGCCUUUGUGUGCAAUAAUUAGUAUCAAAUUAAAAAUCUCGUGAUAGGGGGAAAGAAGUAGUUCAAACACAGUUUCACACAAUUUCCUCUAUGAGAUUUUCAGCUUUAUGCUGAUUUUAGCACGAUUUCCAACACAUUGCCACCCUUUCAGUACAAUAGUUUAUUUAACUUGUUUGAAUGUCACUCAUCUGAACUUUUCUCAACGUGCACUCACUGAAAACCAGUCAAUCAACAGCUGAUGAUACAACAAUACUCUUUCUUGCUCUCACACUGUUUAUCCUUCUUUCCUUACUUCUGUAUUUUUCAAUGCUGAGCAAAGAGAUGUUCAUUGAGUUUGUAGUCCCCAUAGUGUCAGUUAUUUGUCUUAAAAAGUUCGAAGAUAUUGAGAUUCAUUUUAUGGACUGAAUCGCCAUUAGGUUUUUACCUUAAUUCAAAUGCUUCUUGGUUCAACUUCAUCAAUUUUUAAAUGCUGAAUUGAAAAAAAAGUGUAACCAUCAACAAUCGAGCCUUUUAUUUGUAAAAGAGUAUAAGUAAUAGAAACUCUUGAGCUCUGAAAGCUUCGAUGUAUUACGGGAACCUGUGUUUUUGGUACUUGGGCCCUUUAAAAUUGAACAGUCCAAAUAUGUUGUUCGAAGUGUAAGCUAAAUGAUUAGAUUGGUUAGAGUUGAAAUUACGAGAAUCACUGUUUAUGGAAAAGUAAGAUUUAUGAUUUUUUCGAGGGCAACUUUCUUAUUCUGUUUAAAUCGACUUUCCCUUCCCGUUUUGAACUCAGUUUAGAUCAAAACCUUUUUCGAAUUGAGUCAACUUUUUUAAUUUUUGUGUACAUUUUUAUUAACACUUGGUGCCUUUUUGUGAGAUAAGUUUUGUGUAAAUGAUAUGAGUGUGGCUUUUUCCAGCAUUAUUUUUAAUUAAAGUGAAUUUAAAGUUCUUAAGUGAAUUGCAUAAAUUGAAAGGAUCAAGAUGAAAAGUUAAAGUUGAUUGUGUUUAUUUUGUAACUUUCCUCUCUUUUUUUGUAAAUACUCCUAACAUAAAUUUGUCUGUGUUUUAAAUUAUAAAUAAAAACAAAAAGACUAAAACUC